GAGACAUGUAGGACGGCCUGUGUUUCGUGUCUCGGCCGUCGGCGCACGUCGGCUGACGACUAUGGGUUCGGUACCUCCAUCAUGCCGUCGUUUCCCAAAAUGUCUACCGUCGACACGAAACUUGUUUUAGUCGGAGUAGCGGCAACGGCUGCCGUUGGCAUAACAACGUACGCGUUAUACUUAUGGAGAUGGAAGAAAAAGAAACUGACAGGCCUCAAGACAGUAAAAUUUGGAGGGUUUAACUUGUACGAAGCUCCUGGCACGUCAAUUUAUGUCCCGGAAGAUCACAUACUCAGAUUGGAGGAAAAUAACAACUUCGAGAUUCGUUCAGACGACAUCUGGGUCAUUACGUACCCUAAGUGUGGUACCACGUGGACGCAGGAAAUCGUCUGGCUCGUAUGCAACAACGCCGACACGGAAACGGCCAACGACGUAGAACUGGAUACACGCUUUCCGUUCUUUGAGUAUCCGUUCACUAAUCGGAGGCCUGCGAUCAGAAAGAUGCCUUCGCCACGUCUAAUUAAGAGCCACCUCGCAAUACCUGUACUGCCUCACCAGAUAAGGGAAAAGAAGCCAAAGAUCGUUUACACGAUGAGAAAUCCGAAGGACACAUGCGUUUCAAUGUACCACUUCAUAAAGAUGCUGUCGCCCAUCAACUACAAAGGCAAUUUCGAGGAGUUUACAAAGGAGUUCUUCAUGGGUGUCACUGUUGGUCACGGAUCUUUUUGGGACCAUCAUCUUGACUACUGGAGGCUAAGAGACGAACCGAAUAUGCUUCUGCUAAAGUAUGAAGACAUGAUUACGGAUUUGAACAAGGAGGUGAAGAAGAUAGCGGCAUUCCUGGACAAGGAGCUAACUGAGGAGCAGGUGCAAACCAUCGUCGAACACUGCACGUUCAAGACGAUGAAGAACAAUUCUUCAAGCAACCAAUCUCAUAUGCAGAACAUGGGACUCAUGAGAGCUGGGAUGGGCAAUUUCAUGCGCAAAGGGAAAGUUGGAGACUGGAAGAAUCACUUUACUCCCGAGCUGAACGAAAUGGUGGACCAACUGAACAAGAAGUGGCUGGAGCCUGAUGGACUAACGUUCGACUACGAAUAAACACUACAUUGAAUGCACUCACAGUAAUAUAUAAUGAUAAUAAUUAGACAGUGAUCCUACCAUGGUCAAGCAAGUAAAUCGGCCUAUAUUCAUCCAUAUUUAAUUAGACAUAUAAACUGACAGGAACCACGUAGAUACGCCAAUUUAAUGUGACGUCACUACAACGCAGAAGCCAGUGAAUCGCCAAUUAGAUGAUGUUCUCUAACGAGGCAAGUGAUACCUAUGCUCUUGCUGGGUUAGCUCUGCUUACGUAGUCUUGGCCUUCGUCCAUGGAGCGAGGCGAAGGUACAAAAGAAGAAUCAUGGGCUAGACAAUUUAGUCCCUGAACAAGGGUUGUAUUUGAUAGGGACAAGGCACAAGUAGUCACGCCAAAACUGACACACAUUGCCUGAUUGCCACGUUAAAAACAUGUAACGCAAGCAAUAGUAUCGUCCACAAAUAGCGGGAAGGUAAAUAUGGCCAAGUUAGAAGACAACGAACACAAGAUGAUUAAUUAGCAAUUAUAUAUAUUAUAUAUAAUAUAUAUAUAUAUAAUAUAUAUAUAUAUAUAAUACAAUUAGCAAUUAUAUAUAAAUUUAUUAGUGUUGGCUUGUUAGUGUGAUGUAGUAAAGACGUCGUUUUGCGGGCUUUGGAAUAUCGGCAGUGGUAAUUGUGCUAUAGUGAUCGCGAACAAAACACAUUUAAUCGCAUUAAAAUGCCUGACGCUGCAUCGUGAUGAAAUCAUUAUAAUAACUAUCAAUAUAUAACACUGUAUUAUCAUAUGAAAUAGAAUAGAAAUAACAUAUUAAUUUAGCAAUAAUAUGGAAAUUAAUAGCGUAAUGUUAAGCUUACAGAAGGCUAGCCCAUGAUAAGGUGCCAUGUCUUCCAGAGUUUACCUAUAGCAUAUAUUAUCAGAUGUAUGUUCGUGCAUACCUGCGAUACAGUGGCUGUAUAUCGAGUGCCGAUACAAAGCCGUAUAUAAUUAUUCAUUGUUUCAACCUUAUUUUAUUACAACUUAACGAUAGCUACACUCAAUAAAUUGCUUCUAGAAUAUUAGUA